GCUUGCCCACCCUACUUGAGACGCCAACCCAGAGGAAGGGCAGGAAGCCAGCCCUACAGCAUAAAAGGGCUAAAAGCAUGGAUUGACUGGGAAAUGGACCGAUCGUCUGCCAAGAGCUUCAGCCUAGCUGCCUAGAGAGAGGGAAGAUUUCUCAAAGUGAGCGCCAGAACAGCAUUCCACGCCAAACCAAGACAAAGACUAGAUUCCAAAGGCUCAAAGUUAAAGAAAAUCUGAUUUGCUGACGCUAGCUUUGCAUUUUAAAGGUGGAAGGAGGAGAAAGAAGAAGGGAAGGGUUGGUUCUGGUCAGCCCCACCCCUCGCGCUGCCCAGAGUCCAGCCGACCCUUGAGGUGCCGGCCGAGGCAGCGCCACGGCUCCGGGAUUCUGCUCUGGGGAUCCGCAGGGAACACAGGACCGCGCCGUGUCGCCUGGAGCAGCAGAAGGGCCCAGCCCGGGAGCAAGGAACAUGUUAGCUGUGCACUUCGACAAGCCAGGAGGACCAGAAAACCUUCACUUGAAGGAAGUGACCAAGCCAAGCCCAGGGGAGGGUGAAGUCCUCCUGAAGGUGGUAGCCAGCGCCCUGAACCGGGCAGACUUACUCCAGAGACAAGGCCACUAUGCCCCACCCCCAGGAGCCUGCAACAUUUUGGGACUUGAGGCAUCUGGACACGUGGUGGAGCUGGGUCCUGGCUGCCAGGGACACUGGAAGAUUGGUGACCCAGCCAUGGUUCUGCUGCCUGGUGGGGGCCAGGCUCAGUAUGUCACUGCCCCUGAAGGGCUCCUCAUGCCCAUCCCGGCAGGACUGACCAUGCUCCAGGCUGCAGCCAUUCCAGAGGCCUGGCUCACUGCCUUCCAGCUGUUACAUCUCUUGGGAAAUGUUCAGGCUGGAGACUCUGUGCUAAUCCAUGCAGGAUCAAGCGGUGUAGGUACAGCUGCCAUCCAACUUGCCCGGAUGGCUGGAGCGAUUCCUCUGGUCACAGCUGGCUCUCAGCACAAGCUUCAAAUGGCAGAAAAGCUCGGAGCAGCUGCCGGAUUCAAUUACAAGGAAGAAGAUUUUUCUGAAGCAACACUGAAAUUCACCAAAGGUGCUGGAGUCAACCUUAUUCUAGACUGCAUAGGCGGCUCCUACUGGGAGAAAAAUGUCAACUGCCUGGCUCUUGAUGGUCGCUGGGUUCUCUACGGUCUGAUGGGAGGAGCUGACGUCAGUGGGCCUCUGUUUUCGAAGCUACUUUUUAAACGAGGAAGUCUGAUCACCAGUUUGUUAAGGUCUAGGGACAAAAAGUACAAGCAGAUGCUGGUGAAGAGCUUCACAGAGCAAAUUCUGCCCCACUUCUCCAUGGAGAGCCCUCACCGUUUACUGCCAGUUCUGGACAGAGUCUAUGCCAUGACUGAAAUUCAAGCGGCCCAUGUGUAUAUGGAGACUAACAAGAACAUGGGCAAAAUCGUCCUGGAGCUGCCCCAAUGAAGGAUGAGGGGGCAGUACAGGACGUGGCUCCCUCAGGUCUUCCAAGAGCAAACUUCAAGAAAAUUCACUGUACAGUCAGGCCACUGGGUGCUAUUCCAGGCUGGACUGUAACCUCCUGUUCCUUCCCCAGCCUUCUCUAACGAUCCUUGUAAAACUGGUCUAGGAAAUAAAGAGUGGAAUUGAA